GUGGGAGGAGGCGGCCGAGGCGGAAGGACACACGAGGCUGCUUCGCUGCACACCCGAGAAAGUUUCAGCCAAACUUCGGGCGGCGGCCGGCGAGCGGCGGAGUCGCUGUGCAGGCGAUCGAGGCGUUCACGCUUGAGCUUGGGGACGAAGCGUCGGGCCCGGGCCGCAGCGGCAGGCGGGGAGGGGGAGCGGGACGUCUAGGUCGGGACCCCUCCCCAUGUGGAUCUGCCCCGGCGGCGGCGGCGGCGGGGGCGGAGGAGGAGGCGACCGAGAAGAUGCCCGCCCUGCGCCCCGCUGCGCUGUGGGCGCUCCUGGCGCUGUGGCUGGGGCGCGCGGCCCCCGCGCGCGCAUUGCAGUGUCGGGGUGACUAUGAGCCCUGUGUGAAUGAAGGCGUCUGUAUUACCUACCACAACGGCACAGGGUACUGCAAAUGUCCAGAGGGCUUCUUGGGAGAAUAUUGUCAACAUCGAGAUCCCUGUGAGAAGACCCGCUGCCAGAAUGGAGGGACCUGCGUGGCGCAGGCCAUGCUGGGGAGAGCUACCUGCCGGUGCGCCCCAGGCUUCACCGGGGAGGACUGCCAGUACUCGACCUCUCACCCCUGCUUUGUGACUCCUCCCUGCCAGAAUGGAGGCACCUGCCACAUGCUCAGCCGGGAUACCUAUGAGUGUACCUGCCCAGUUGGGUUUACAGGGAAGCUCUGCCAGUGGACUGAUGCCUGCCUGUCUCACCCCUGUGCUAAUGGAAGUACCUGCACCACUGUGGCCAGCCAGUUCUCCUGCAAAUGCCUCGCCGGCUUUACAGGGCAGAAGUGUGACACUGAUAUCAAUGAGUGUGACAUUCCAGGCCGGUGCCAGAAUGGGGGCACGUGCCUCAACCUGCCCGGGUCCUACCAGUGCCAGUGCCCCCAGGGCUUCACAGGCCAGCACUGUGACAGCCCCUAUGUGCCCUGUGCACCCUCCCCCUGUGUCAAUGGAGGCACUUGCCGGCAGACUGGUGACUUCACUUUCGAGUGUAGCUGCCUUCCAGGUUUUGAAGGGAGCACCUGUGAGCGGAAUAUUGAUGACUGCCCCAACCACAAAUGUCAGAACGGAGGGGUUUGUGUGGAUGGUGUCAACACUUACAACUGCCGCUGCCCCCCUCAGUGGACAGGGCAAUUCUGCACAGAGGAUGUGGAUGAGUGCCUGCUGCAGCCUAACGCCUGUCAGAACGGAGGCACCUGCACCAACCGCAACGGGGGCUAUGGCUGCGUGUGCGUGAACGGCUGGAGCGGAAACGACUGCAGCGAGAACAUCGACGACUGCGCCUUCGCGUCCUGCACGCCGGGCUCCACCUGCAUCGACCGCGUGGCCUCCUUCUCCUGCAUGUGUCCCGAGGGGAAGGCAGGUCUCUUAUGCCAUCUGGACGAUGCCUGCAUCAGCAAUCCUUGCCACAAGGGGGCGCUGUGUGACACCAACCCUCUGAAUGGGCACUACAUUUGCACCUGCCCACAGGGCUACAAAGGAGCUGACUGUACAGAAGACGUGGAUGAAUGCGCCAUGACCAACAGCAAUCCUUGUGAGCACGCGGGGAAGUGUGUGAACACAGACGGCGCCUUCCACUGCGAGUGUCUGAGGGGCUACGCGGGGCCUCGCUGCGAGAUGGACAUCAACGAAUGUCACUCUGACCCUUGCCAGAACGAUGCCACCUGCCUGGAUAAGAUAGGUGGCUUCACUUGCCUGUGCAUGCCAGGUUUCAAAGGUGUACACUGUGAAAUAGAGAUAAAUGAGUGCCAGAGCAACCCCUGUGUGAACAGUGGGCAGUGUGUGGACAAAGUGAAUCGCUUCCAGUGCCUGUGUCCCCCUGGUUUCACGGGGCCAGUCUGCCAGAUUGACAUCGACGACUGUUCCAGCACUCCGUGUCUCAACGGGGCUAAGUGCAUCGAUCACCCGAAUGGCUACGAAUGCCAGUGCGCCACAGGUUUCACCGGUCUGUUGUGUGAAGAGAACAUCGACAACUGUGACCCCGAUCCCUGCCAUCAUGGCCAGUGCCAGGAUGGGAUCGAUUCCUACACGUGCAUCUGCAACCUUGGGUACAUGGGCGCCAUCUGCAGUGACCAGAUUGACGAGUGCUACAGCAGUCCGUGCCUGAACGACGGGCGCUGCAUCGACCUUGUGAAUGGCUACCAGUGCAACUGCCAGCCGGGCACCUCAGGAGUUAACUGUGAAAUUAAUUUUGAUGACUGUGCCAGCAACCCUUGUGUCCAUGGCGUGUGUGUGGAUGGCGUCAGUCGUUACAGUUGCGUGUGCUCGCCAGGAUUCACAGGGCAGAGAUGUAACAUUGACAUCGAUGAGUGUGCCUCCAACCCCUGCCGCAAGGGUGCCACGUGCAUCAACGACGUGAACGGUUUCCGCUGCGUGUGCCCUGAAGGUCCCCAUCAUCUCAGCUGCUACUCGCAGGUGAAUGAGUGCCUGAGCAGCCCCUGCCUCCACGGGAACUGCACCGGGGGCCUCAGUGGGUAUAAGUGCCUUUGUGAUCCAGGCUGGGAUGGAAUCAACUGUGAAGUGGACAAAAACGAGUGUCUUUCGAACCCGUGCCAGAACGGAGGCACCUGUGACGAUCUGGUGAAUGGAUACAAGUGUGCUUGCAAGAAGGGCUUCAAAGGCUACAACUGCCAGGUGAACAUUGAUGAAUGUGCCUCAAACCCAUGUCUGAACCAAGGAACCUGCUUUGAUGAUGUCAGUGGCUACACCUGCCAGUGUGAGCUGCCCUACACAGGCAAGAAUUGUCAAACAGUGUUGGCUCCCUGUUCCCCAAACCCUUGUGAGAAUGCUGCUGUUUGUAAAGAGGCACCUAAUUUUGAGAGUUACACUUGCUUGUGUGCACCCGGCUGGCGAGGUCAGCGAUGUACAAUUGACAUCGAUGAGUGUGUCUCCAAGCCCUGCAUGAACCAUGGCCUCUGCCAUAACACCCAGGGCAGCUACAUGUGUGAGUGCCCUCCGGGCUUCAGUGGUGUGGACUGUGAGGAGGACAUCGAUGACUGCCUCGCCAAUCCUUGCCAGAACGGAGGCUCCUGUGUGGACAGAGUGAAUACUUUCUCCUGUGUGUGCCUUCCUGGCUUCAUUGGGGAUAAGUGCCAGACGGACAUGAACGAGUGCCUCAGUGAACCCUGCAAGAACGGAGGGACCUGCUCUGACUACGUCAACAGUUAUACCUGCAAGUGCCCAGCGGGCUUCGAUGGAGUCCACUGUGAGAACAACAUCGAUGAGUGCACCGAGAGCUCCUGUUUCAAUGGCGGCACCUGUGUGGAUGGGAUUAACGCCUUCUCUUGCUUGUGCCCGGUGGGCUUCACUGGUCCCUUCUGCCUCCACGAGAUCAAUGAGUGCAGCUCCCAUCCCUGCCUAAACGAGGGCACGUGUGUGGAUGGCCUGGGCACCUACCGCUGCACCUGCCCCCUGGGCUACACUGGGAAGAACUGCCAGACCCUGGUGAACCUCUGCAGUCAGUCUCCAUGUAAAAACAAAGGCACUUGCGUCCAGGAGAAGGCAGAGUCCCGGUGCCUGUGUCCGUCUGGAUGGACAGGUGCAUACUGCGAUGUGCCCAAUGUCUCCUGUGAUGUGGCAGCUCUCAGCAAAGGCGUGCUUGCUAAGAACCUGUGCAAGAACUCGGGUGCCUGCAUCAAUGCCGGCAACACGCAUCACUGCCAGUGCCCGCUGGGGUACACGGGGAGCUACUGCGAGCAGCAGCUGGACGAGUGUGCGUCCAAUCCCUGCCAGCAUGGCGCCACCUGCGUCGACUUCAUUGGCGGCUACAGAUGUGAGUGUGUUCUGGGAUAUCAGGGCGUCAACUGUGAAUAUGAAGUAGACGAGUGUCAGAAUCAGCCCUGCCAGAACGGAGGCACCUGCGUUGACCUUGUGAACCAUUUCAAGUGCUCGUGCCCGCCAGGCACUCGGGGCCUGCUCUGUGAAGAGAACAUCGAUGACUGUGCUGGGGGUCCCCACUGCCUCAACGGCGGGCAGUGUGUGGACAGGAUCGGGGGCUACACUUGUCGCUGCUUGCCUGGCUUUGCUGGGGAACGGUGUGAGGGGGACAUCAAUGAGUGCCUCUCUAGCCCCUGCAGUUCGGAGGGCAGCCUGGACUGCAUCCAGCUCACCAAUGACUACCAGUGUGUCUGCCGAAGCGCCUUUACUGGCCGUCACUGUGAAACCUUCGUGGACGUGUGUCCUCAGAGGCCUUGUCUGAAUGGAGGGACUUGCGCCGCAGUCAGCAACAUGCCCGACGGCUUCAUUUGUCGUUGUCCUCCGGGCUUCUCAGGAGCGAAAUGCCAGAGCAGCUGUGGGCAGGUGAAGUGCAGGAAGGGGGAGCAGUGCGUGCACACUGCCUCGGGGCCCCGCUGCGUCUGCCCCAACCCGCAGGACUGUGAGUCGGGCUGCGCCAGUAACCCCUGCCAGCACGGGGGCAGCUGCUACCCGCAGCGCCAGCCUCCAUAUUACUCCUGCCUCUGCUCUGCACUGUUCCGGGGCAGCCGCUGUCAGUUCUACUCGGCCCCUACCACCACCCCUUCUGACACCUGCACGAGUCAGUAUUGUGCUGACAAAGCUCGGGAUGGUGUCUGCGACGAGGCCUGCAACAGCCAUGACUGCCAGUGGGAUGGAGGCGACUGCUCUCUCACCAUGGAAGACCCCUGGGCCAACUGCUCCUCCCCGUUGCCCUGCUGGGACUACAUCAACAACCAGUGUGAUGAGCUGUGCAACACGGCUGAGUGCCUGUUUGACAACUUUGAAUGCCAAGGAAACAGCAAGACCUGCAAGUACGACAAGUACUGCGCAGACCAUUUCAAAGACAACCACUGUGACCAGGGAUGCAACAGUGAGGAGUGUGGCUGGGACGGGCUGGACUGCGCUGCCGACCGGCCCGAGAACCUGGCGGAAGGCACGCUGGUCAUCGUGGUACUGAUGCCCCCUGAACAGCUGCUCCAAGAUGCUCGCAGCUUCCUGCGUGCACUGGGCACUUUGCUGCACACCAACCUGCGCAUUAAGCUGGACUCACAGGGGGCCCCCAUGGUGUACCCCUACUAUGGGGAAAGGUCAGCAGCCAUGAAGAAGCAGAAGGUGUUGCGAAGGUCUCUUCCUGAGGAGCAAGAACAGGAGGUGGCUGGUUGCAAAGUGUUUCUAGAAAUCGACAACCGCCAGUGUAUUCAAGACUCAGACCAGUGCUUCAAGAACACAGAUGCAGCCGCAGCUCUGCUGGCUUCUCAUGCAAUCCAGGGAACGCUGUCUUAUCCUCUUGUGUCUGUCGUCAGUGAAUCCCUGGAUCCCAAACCCACGCAGCUCCUCUAUCUGCUGGCUGUUGCUGUUCUCAUCAUCCUGGUUAUCAUCCUGCUGGGCGUAAUCAUGGCAAAACGGAAGCGCAAGCACGGCUCCCUCUGGCUGCCCGAAGGCUUCACCCUUCGCCGAGACUCUAGCAACCACAAGCGCCGCGAGCCUGUGGGACAGGAUGCCGUGGGGCUGAAAAAUCUCUCUGUGCAAGUUUCGGAGGCUAACCUAAUUGGUUCUGGGACAAGCGAACACUGGGUAGAUGAUGAAGGGCCCCAACCGAAGAAAGCCAAGGCUGAAGAUGAGGCUUUGCUCUCAGAAGAAGAUGACCCCAUCGAUCGACGCCCCUGGACGCAGCAGCACCUUGAAGCUGCGGACAUCCGCCGGACGCCGUCGUUGGCUCUCACUCCUCCUCAGGCAGAGCAGGAAGUGGACGUGCUGGAUGUGAAUGUCCGAGGCCCAGAUGGGUGCACACCACUGAUGUUGGCCUCCCUCCGAGGAGGCAGCUCAGAUGCCAGCGAUGAAGAUGAAGAGGACUCCUCCGCCAACAUCAUCACAGACCUGGUCUACCAGGGCGCCAGCCUGCAGGCCCAGACAGACCGGACGGGCGAGAUGGCCCUGCACCUCGCAGCCCGCUACUCAAGGGCUGAUGCUGCCAAGCGCCUCCUGGACGCAGGUGCAGAUGCCAAUGCUCAGGACAACAUGGGCCGCUGCCCCCUCCAUGCCGCAGUAGCAGCCGACGCCCAAGGCGUCUUCCAGAUUCUGAUCCGCAACCGAGUGACUGAUCUGGAUGCCAGAAUGAAUGACGGCACUACGCCCCUGAUCCUGGCUGCCCGCCUGGCUGUGGAGGGAAUGGUGGCAGAGCUCAUCAACUGCCAAGCAGACGUGAAUGCGGUGGAUGACCAUGGGAAAUCUGCUCUUCACUGGGCAGCCGCUGUGAAUAAUGUGGAGGCUACUCUUCUGCUGUUAAAAAAUGGAGCCAACCGAGACAUGCAGGACAAUAAGGAAGAGACUCCUCUGUUUCUUGCUGCCCGAGAGGGGAGCUAUGAAGCUGCCAAGAUCCUGUUGGACCAUUUUGCCAAUCGGGACAUCACAGACCACAUGGACCGUCUUCCCCGGGACGUGGCCCGGGAUCGCAUGCACCACGACAUCGUGCGCCUUCUGGAUGAGUACAACGUGACACCCAGCCCCCCGGGCACGGUGCUGACCUCUGCUCUCUCACCUGUCAUCUGCGGGCCCAACAGGUCUUUUCUCAGUCUGAAGCACACCCCAAUGGGCAAGAAGCCUAGACGGCCCAACGCCAAGAGUGCCAUGCCUACCAGCCUUCCUAACCUUGCCAAAGAGGCUAAGGAUGCCAAGGGCAAUCGGAGGAAGAAGUCUCUGAGUGAAAAGGUCCAGCUGUCUGAGAGCUCAGUGACUUUGUCCCCUGUUGAUUCUCUUGAGUCUCCUCACACGUAUGUGUCUGACCCCACCUCCUCUCCCAUGAUCACAUCCCCUGGAAUCUUACAGGCCUCACCCAACCCUCUGUUGGCCGCCGCUGCACCCCCGGCCCCAGUCCACGCACAGCACGCACUGUCUUUCUCUAACCUUCACGACAUGCAGCCUUUGGCUCCUGGAGCUGGCACCGUGCUUCCUUCCGUGAGCCAGCUGCUGUCCCACCACCACAUCGUGCCCCCAGGCAGCAGCAGUGCGGGCAGCUUGAGUAGGCUACAUCCAGUUCCAGUCCCAGCAGACUGGAUGAACCGCAUGGAGAUGAAUGACACCCAGUACAAUGAAAUGUUCGGCAUGGUCCUGACGCCUGCUGAGGGUGCACACACUGGCAUAGCUGCCCAGAGCAGGCCGCCUGAAGGGAAGCACAUCACCGCCCCGAGGGAGCCCUUGCCCCCUAUUGUGACUUUCCAGCUCAUCCCCAAGGGCAGCAUUGCCCAGCCAGCUGGAGCUUCCCAGCCCCAGCCAGCCUGCCCUCCAGCCAUUGCUGGCCCCCUUCCCACCAUGUACCAGAUUCCCGAGGUGGCCCGCUUACCGGGGGUGGCUUUCCCCACAGCCAUGAUGCCCCAGCAGGAUGGGCAGGGAGCGCAGACCAUUCUCCCAGCCUAUCAUCCCUUCCCGGCCUCUGUGGGCAAGUACCCCACGCCCCCCUCCCAGCAUAGUUAUGCUUCCUCAAAUGCUGCUGAGCGAACCCCCAGCCACAGCGGCCACCUGCAAGGCGAGCAUCCCUACUUGACACCAUCGCCGGAUUCUCCUGACCAGUGGUCAAGCUCGUCACCCCACUCUGCUUCUGAUUGGUCAGAUGUGACCACCAGCCCUACUCCUGGGGGUGCCGGAGGGGGUCAGCGAGGACCUGGGACGCACAUGACUGAGCCACCACACGGCAACAUGCAGGUUUACGCGUGAGUCUGCCUCCAGUGUAGACGGAACUGCCUAGUGUAAAUGCUGCUGCGACACAAAUGAAGGUCAUCCGGAAGAGAAAUGAAGAAAUCUCUGUGACCAGCUUUUGAAGGCAAGAGAAAGAAGAUGCUCCUGGAUUUCAGAUAAUGCAUGAAAAGCAACUAAUCAGCUUUACUGAAUAUUUGCAGGAUUUUAGGGGGAGGACAGGCUCCUUCUAGUCUCUUGCACACCAAACUAAGUUCAUAGGCAAGCUAAGUACAAGCCUCGGGGGCUAUGUUUACUGUCUUCUAUUUGGAGAAUAAGAUGGAUGCCUUUAGUAACCCAGACAUUUUACAGCUUGGACUGCAUUUUAAGCCCCGGUGGCUUCUGUAUAUCCUAGAGAAGAUUCUGCACUCGAGUCUGAUUGGGAACUGUGCCCUGGAAUCUGCCCACGUUGACCUGGCUCAUCUUCUCAGCCCUGGAAUGCUUUUGACGACAUUUGGCAUUUUCCCUUGGGCACCUCUCUGUGGCUGCACCCCACCAGCAGGAGGUGGGGUGAGACCUUUGUUCUUUUAAGCAUUUUCAGCCUUCCUUUCCCCUCCUGGUUUCCUCAAUCCCUGGGAGCUUCCCAUGGCUUACCUUGGGUAUGGCUCUUGGCAUAAAGCCUCAAGUAUGUUUCUGUAGAAAGUGGGCAUGUUGCGUUCUGCACACAUCAUUCCUAGGAAAAAGCAAAAUGUUUUUCUUUGGAUCUAUGUGGGAGCAGGAGAUCCCUUUGAGAGGCUGCACCUUAAUUCUGUUUUCUGCAUUCAGGACUUCAUAUAAAGAUUACCAGAAGGAAAGAUCUGUAUCUAGAUAUCUCUAUAGAUAUAGAUAUAUUGGGGUAGGCCCGAUCUUUCCUCUAUGGCCUAGAUACUAUGGUCUUUUCAAACCAGAAGAGGAGAAAGGGAUUUGCUGUGGGGAUGACCAAGAAAUAAAUAACUCAUGCAAGCAACAGUUACUGCCCGUGCUUCCCGUGUUGUGCCAAGCAUUCCGCGACUGCCACUGUGAAACACAUUUGUCCUGGAUCUCAGAACGCUAGGCCUGCUUUCUUCUCUCGUCCAGAUGAAGUCAGCAUAGCUGUUGAGCCUCUCUGUACAUCUCUGCCAAGACAGUGUCUCAAACAGCAUAUCCUUCCCACUUAGGUUUGAACCUUCUUAGGCUUGAGAAGCCCAGUGCCAGCCAUCUUCCUUCCGAUCCUAGCUUCUCUUCCCGAUUGUCUUCCAGAGCAGAAGCCUACUUACAGUGUCCCUCUGCACUGUGAGCUGAGUGGCUGGAGCACCCAGUAGGUUUUCACUGCGGACAUGGAUUUUCUGCAUCCAGAGAAUGGAAAAUUGGACGACUUCCAGGGUGCGCCUCAAGGCAGCCUUCGAUAGUUUCUGCUGCUCUUUCUUUCCAUCUGAAAGCCAGGACAGUCCCCUUUUGGCAACUAACCUAGAAACUCAGCGGGGGCUUUUCUUCUUUCCCAGCAUCCCCUGGCUGAUGGUAGACUGAAGACUUGCUUGUCACUGCCUUUAUGUUGAGAUUAUGAUUGCACCUUACCUGAUGCUGUUCUCUGCGCUAUGAUCUUGACAGCUUCCUCAGCUCUGUGGAGAACAGAAGCAUGUUAGUCCACUGUGGGAACAGGAGAGUAGUGUUUGUUCUCUUCUCCUUGAGUAAGUUAAUAAUUGAUCCUAUGGCCACGUUGUCAUUUCCAUCGGUACUGUGAUGCCCGUGACAUCUGGAAGGUGGUUUUGUCAGGGCAUUUUGUAUAUAUUGUACUGCCUGUCGUUUUACUUUAAAGAUAAUCUUCAUUCCUACAGUGUGUGGGUACACCCCAGUGCUUCCCACUUACCUGUCUGUGGCUCCCUAUGGGAGCCACGUCUUGGCAUGAUAUUCUCCAAAGACUUCUUUGCAGUGCCGUUCAAGUUCAUUGAACCAACCCAAACUAGUUGUGCUCGGAUGCACGCAGAGUGUUUACUUAUUCCAUGUUAUUCUCCACGGCGGCCCCCGCUGCAACCUGUAAACAUUCCAAAUGGUGGCUCUUUGCUAUUCCCAGAUGGGGAGAAAACCAUGAAUACUCGGGGACGUGUCGCGUGGCUCCUUGCUUCCUAUCUGCGUCGACGCCACUGCCAGAAAGGAUCAGCGUCUGCUCCAGCCACUGGGUCUCUUACUGCCUCCCCCGCCCCCAGUGUGGGACUAACCAGCACAUUUCCCCCUCUUUUAUUUUAUUCAUUUGGGUUUAGAGCAGUGGAUGCGAAAAAGCUGCCAUGACAGACCACUGGCUCCAGUGACAAGGAAGAUGACACUGCCUCUUGAGCAUUUUGUCAGUCUUAGAUCUUAAGCACCCUUGGGUUGCACAGUAUCUAAAAAAAGGGAAGGUAAGAUGAAGAACCACUUUCUCACUUGGGUUCUCAGUUGGAUACUAAGUUUUUAUGGGUUAUAUCUUUUAUUCCAUGCAUAGAUCUCUCCAUUUAAAAAAAAAAAAAAAAGACAUUCUUUCUUCCAGUCCUCUUCUGCCUACCUUUAAGGAUAGGUUUCUGUUUGUUUGUUUGUUCGUCUAAAGCAUCAUUUUCUGAUUUACAUGAAGGUGGGGGAGGGAGAGUUUUGAGGAAAAGACAGACUGAGUGUUAAAAUUCUAAUGUAAGCAGCUGUGACACUCAAGUCCAUUUUAUCAUUUUACUGUUAAAAUAUGCCAGUUUGUAAUUUUUUUUUUCAUAGAAAAGAACCAAAGGUGUAAUGUUUUAUUGGCAUAUGAUUUGGGCAUCUGGGCCUUGGCCACCACAUUGAAUGUAAGAUGACUUCAGGAGGACGCGUUUCUUCCUCCCAGAGCCCCCACCAGUGACUGUUUGGUACUAUGGCAACUUCCUUGUGUACAUUUCUCUUAAAAUAAUGCUAUAUUUGUUUGUAUGAGAAACCUAGUAAUCAAUACAAUGACUGCAUAUUCCUGACUCAGGAAAGUGCACACUUCAUUUUUACUUUCCAAAUUUUCAUUCUAAAAGUAGUUACAAUGGAAUUUAUAUGAAAGCAUUUUUAUCACAAAAUAAAAAGGUUACAUGUCAA